GUAGGAAUUCGGCUGGUAAGUUGGGAAUGGAUUGAAGCAAGGCAGAUCCUGGCAGAGGAGGGUGGAGAGGCUUUGCAGGACAUUGCAUACACCUUGUCACCCCAGCGAGUGAGAUGGGACCACAGGAAGGCUCCCAUCCUUGGUAUUGAUUUGCAUUUUCAAAGGCUGGAGUACCUGUGUGAGGAGGACUCCUGGGAUCAGCCCUGUGGUGGUGCAGGUAGUGUCUGAGAGGGAGGAGGGAGGUUAAUGGAUGUGUGAAAAGACUCUACAUAUUUAAAAUAUUUUAUGUGUUUGCUUGCCUAUAGGUGUGUAUGUGUGUGCACCACCUGGCUCUCUGGUAUCAGGUCCCCUAGAACUGAGCUAUGUGAUUGCUGGGAACUGAUCCCAGAUCCUCUUAGGGACACUCAAGUCUCCUGUGACCUAAGGGGAUCCAAACCUCACGCUGUAAAAUUUACAACACUGGACAAAUUACACGAAGGGCGCGCGUGGCGCGCUACCAAACCAAUAGGAGCGCCGAAGCGCCUUCGCACGAGAAUGUACGAUGCCCUCCUGGAGGGGGAGUCUCGGGGCCCCGCGUGUGCGGAUUUCAGGGCGCUGUGCGCGCGGCUGGCGACUGAGCUGACGGCUCUGGGAGCUCUGGAACUGCAAGACGAGGGCACCGCAGUGCUGGGCGCCGGCCACGGCCCGGACGCAGAGGAAGAGUUCCUGCGGCAGUUGGCCGGUCUGCUGCGGGCGUUGCACUGCCCGGAUCGCGCGCUCUGCGGCGGAGACUGCGCCACCGUGCUGCGGGAGCCCGGCGGUGGCCUGCGCCUCCUGCGGUUUCUUUGCUCUGAGCUCCAGGCUGCCCGCCUCUUGCAUCUAAGGCUCCAGGGGGAUCCUAGCCCUGUGCCAUCCUGUGAAGAAGGGACAAAGGAGGGGAAUGGUGUGGUUCAGGAGCUGAUGCUAACUCUUCAAGCCCUGGGGCUCCCUAGACCCCUGCGUGGAACCCUGGCUAGUCAGCUACUUCGGGAGUUUCAUGACAAGAUCUCUGAGCUGCUGCCUUCCCUGCCCCCAGAGUCCAUGAAGCCCCUCCUUAACUCACCACUGGAUGCAUCACGAUGGGAAGCCCUGGAGUCUUUGUCCCAAAGCCUGACCAAACAGUACCGCUGCCGCCGCCACCUCCUCCUGAAGCGUCUUGACCUCACAACAUCUGCUUUCCACUGGGGUGAUCGGGCAGAGGCCCAUGGAGAGGUCAUGAAGGCAGUGCUGUUCCCAAUCCGAGGGCUUCUGACUCCAGAAUCUGAUGUCUCUACCGCCCAUGUUCUGGCUGCCCGAGCUGACCUUUCCCGCCUGGUCCCAGCUACCAGUGUGGCUGCCCGAAGAGGGACCAGUUGUGCAAUCAACAAGGUGCUUAUGGGUGAUGUGCCAGACCGUGGGGGGCGCCCAAGUGAGCUGGAAGCUCCCAUGCCUACCUGGAAGAGCCGAAGAGAAGAUGGAGGAAGGGGGAAGGCUGGCCAACAGCGCUGGGGCCGCAGAAAGAAGAAGAAGUAAAGGGCUUUCGAGGGUUGGUUGCAGAUUCUGCCAGGUGCUGAUGCCACUGGCAAUCCUUCGGGAGUCACUGAGGGUUAUCCUUGGCAAACCUGCCCUUCCCUGUUCCAGAGACCAUAAAUGCCCUACACCCACCACCACUCAACACUAUGAACUGUAUUGUCUGAAAAAUAAAUUUAAUUCUUUUGAUGGUUA